AUGGUGGGGCAAUUCCGUCAACAUCGCUUCCUCCUUUAUAUAUACUACGCUACACGAAGGCGAACGGAAGAACGAAAGAAAAAAUUCGAAGAAAUGGCGGCAGAAGAAGGACAAGUGAUCGGUUGCCACACGAAUGAUGUAUGGACCGUGCAGCUCGACACAGCCAAAGAAUCCAACAAGCUGAUUGUGAUCGAUUUCACUGCUUCGUGGUGUCCACCAUGCCGCAUGAUUGCUCCGAUUUUCGCCGACUUGGCCAAGAAGUUCAUGUCAAGUGCCAUCUUCUUUAAGGUGGAUGUCGAUGAACUGCAGGAUGUUGCUCAAGCCUUUGCUGUGGAGGCAAUGCCGACCUUUGUCUUCAUCAAAGACGGCAACGUUGUGGAUAAGCUCGUCGGUGCAAGGAAGGAAGAUCUUCAGGCGGCAAUCGUGAAGCAUACCGAUAUAAUGGAGAAGCUUUUCAUACCUUCAUUUCCCAAAACUUGUUUGAAUCAUCCAAUUCCAGCAAAGGUAGAGAAAUCGCCAGAAGUUCAUCCAAAAUCCAGAAAGAAAAACCUGUCUUUCACCAAGAAGAAAGAACCCAAUAUCAUUCCCGACGAGCAAUUAGACUACCUGUGUAGAAACGGAGGCCUGCUCGAAGCUGAGAAAGCUCUGGACUCGAUGUUUCAACAAGGAUCCAAGGUGAAACGAAGCACUUACCUCAACUUACUGGAAUCGUGCAUUGAUUCUGGUUCUGUUCAUCUGGGUCACGGAGUUUUACCUGAUGAUUUCUUGUUCCCCAAGAUAUUGCAGGGAUGUGCGAACUGCAAAGACGUUGAGACUGGGAGGUUGAUUCAUUCGGUGGUCAUAAAACUCGGGAUGACUUCGUGUCUGCGUGUAAGCAACUCGAUUUUAGCUGUGUAUGCGAAAUGUGGUGCGUUGAGUUUAGCGACGAAGUUUUUCCGACGCAUGGAGGAGAGAGAUGUGGUUGCUUGGAACUCAGUGCUCUUAGCUUACUGCCAAAACGGUAAACAUGAAGAAGCUGUAGGAUUGGUCGAAGAGAUGGAGAAAGAAGGAAUCUCUCCAGGGUUGGUUACUUGGAACAUAUUGAUUGGGGGUUAUAACCAGCUAGGAAAAUGCGAAGCUGCGAUGGAUUUGAUGCAGAAGAUGGAGAGUUUUGGUGUAACUGCUGACGUGUUUACAUGGACAGCGAUGAUCUCGGGAUUGAUUCAUAAUGGGAAGAGAUAUCAGGCAUUAGAGACGUUCAGGAAGAUGUUUUUAGCGGGUGUAGUGCCGAAUGAAGUCACUAUUAUGAGUGCCGUGUCUGCUUGCUCGUGUUUGAAAGUUCUGAACCUGGGAUCAGAAGUUCACUCUAUUGCUGUGAAGAUGGGCUUUAUGGACGAUUUGCUCGUGGGAAAUUCACUGGUUGAUAUGUAUUCGAAGUGUGGGAAGCUGGAGGACGCGAGGAAAGUUUUUGAUUCGGUGAAGAAUAAGGAUGUGUAUACUUGGAACUCGAUGAUAACAGGGUAUUGCCAAGCAGAGUAUUGUGGGAAGGCUUAUGAGUUGUUUACAAGGAUGCAGGAGGAUGCGAAUGUGAAACCAAAUAUUAUCACAUGGAACACGAUGAUCUCAGGAGAGAUACACGGUAGCGUGUUGCGGAGAAACCUAGACGCUGUUCAUGCUGUUAAAAACGCUUUAACAGAUACUUAUGGUAAGUCAGGGGAUAUAGGAUACGCAAGAACCAUGUUCAAGGGUAUGGAAACGAAAGACAUCAUAACUUGGAACUCGCUGAUUGGAGGUUAUGUUUUACAUGGUAGCUAUGGUCCAGCUCUUGAUCUUUUUAAUCAAAUGAAGACACAGGGGAUUAAGCCAAACAGGGGAACUCUUUCGAGUAUCAUCCUUGCGCACGGUCUAAUGGGAAAUGUAGACGAAGGAAAGAAAGUCUUCUCCAGUAUAGCGAAUGAUUACCAUAUUAUUCCUGCUCUGGAACAUUGUUCUGCUAUGGUAUCAUUGUACGGACGAUCCAACAGACUUGAAGAAGCUGUGCAGUUUAUCCAGGAGAUGAAUGUUCAAUCAGAGACGCCGAUUUGGGAGAGCUUCUUAACAGGCUGCAGGAUUCAUGGUGAUAUUGACUUGGCAAUCCAUGCAGCAGAGAACUUGUUCUCCUUGGAACCUGAAAAUCCAAUCACUGAAAAUUUGGUUGCGCAGAUCUAUGCACUAGGUACAAGACUUGGGAGAUCUUUAGAAGGAAAGAAACCGAGGAAAGAUAAAUUGCUGAAGAAACCUCUAGGGCAGAGCUGGAUUGAAGUCAGAAAUUUAAUUCACACAUUCACGAGUGGUGAUCAGUCGAAAUUAUGUACUGAGGUGCUGUAUCCCUGGUUGUUGCUGCAGAGUGUUCAAGGCAAGCAUGCAUCAGUUGGCCCAUGGGGAGGCCAAAGUGGUCAUGCCUGGGAUGAUGGAAUGUUCACCGCAGUAAGGCAAAUAAUUGUCGCCCAUGGUUCUGGUAUAGACUCCAUCCAAGUUGAGUAUGACAAGAAUGGUAGCUCGGUUUGGUCUGAAAAACGUGGAGGAAAGGGAGGCACGAAGUUUGAUAAGGUCAAACUUGAUUACCCGCAUGAGUAUUUGACUUCAGUAAAUGGGACCUACGGUAGCUUUGACGUCUGGGGCAAUCUAUGUGUCCGGUCGCUUACCUUUGAGAGUAACCGCAAAAAAUAUGGACCGUUUGGUACGUUCUUCUCGUUGCCAAAAUCAGACUCGAAGAUUAUUGGGUUCCAUGGGAAGGCUGGUUGGUAUUUGGAUGCUAUUGGUGUUCACCUUCAACCAAUUCCUAAAGAGAAUAGUCCCUCGUCGAAAAUGGUUUUGCACUCACAUCAAAAUAUCCACCAUGGUGAUAAAAAAUUCGAGUACUCGGUGAUUCAAGGAAGUGUAGGCCAAAACUUUGAUAUAGUUGUUGCACUCAAACAGAAAGAUUCAACUUUGCCUUCUUUUGAAUCCCGAGAUCACGCAGCUGCUGAGAUCACUAAACAUAAGCUGGUGACAGAGACUGAGAAGCCAAAAGCUGAAGGUGGUGCGAAAACGUAUGGACCAUGGGGUGGAAUCGGUGGUAUCAUAUUUGACGAUGGGAUAUAUACCGGAAUUAGACAAAUCAAUUUGUCACGCAGUGUCGGGAUUGUAUCGAUGAAGGUCUGUUAUGAUUUUAGAGGACAAGCUGUGUGGGGAAGCAAGCACGGUGGUAGGGGAGGAUUCAAACAUGAUAAGAUUGUAUUUGACUACCCAUCAGAGGUUCUAACACAUGUAACGGGAACAUAUGGACCGUUGAUGUACAUGGGACCUAAUGUGAUAAAGUCACUGACUUUCCACACCAACAAAGGAAAACAUGGACCUUUUGGAGAAGAACAAGGACCUUCUUUUACACAUAAAAUCGACGAGGGUAAAGUUGUUGGGUUCCUUGGAAGAGAGGGUUUGUUUCUUGAUUCCAUUGGUGUUCAUGUUAUGGAAUGCAAAAUCAGUCCCCUUAAGCCCUCUCCUCAAAAUGCAAUUGUUCCUCAUAAUAACUCCGGUGUCGCGGAAAUCCAAAAUUCCCCAUGGGCUAAUAAGCUAGUCCUUGCAGCAAACGGCCAUGGUGAAGAGUUCGAGCGUGGAGUCAUCAAAGAACCAACACCGAGCGGGCCUGGACCGUGGGGAGGCGACGGAGGUAAACCGUGGGACGAUGGAGUGUUUUCAGGGAUCAAACAGAUAUUUGUAACAAGAGCAAAUGAUGCAAUCUCUUCAAUACAAGUCGAGUACGAUAGAAAUGGACAAUCUGUUUGGUCCGUUAAACAUGGUGGUAACAGUGGUGGAGUCGCCACACACAGGAUUAAACUCGAGUAUCCAAACGAGAUGCUCACCUGCAUCUCAGGGUAUUACGGACCUUUGAACAAUUCGGAGAGAUCUAAUGUUGUCAAGUCUCUGACCUUCUACACGAGCCGUGGCAAGUACGGUCCAUACGGUGAAGAGACUGGAACGUAUUUCACUUCGACAACAACACAAGGUAAAGUGUUGGGGUUGCAUGGAAGAAGUAGCUCUUACUUGGACGCCAUUGGAGUUCACAUGCAGCAUUGGCUUGGCAACAAUAAGCCUAAUUUCAACAGGACUUCUUGUUUCAAGCUCUACUGA